GAGGAUUUGCUUCUUAAAUUUUCAUUAAAUGGAAUAUGGCCUGAAGACUCAGACACACUAAUACCACACACAUAAGAGCAUUGAGACUGACUCUUCUGUCACAGUGAGAAACUGGGCGUGAAAGUGUUUAUCUGGGGCUUUGGGAUUAUCAUUGAGCAAAUUACCACUGAUCCAGCAGAGGGUCUCAGGCAGACUGUGUGCUUCUGGCAGGGACUGGAGACUCUCUCUCUAGGGUUUAAGAAGGAUGGGAAAAACGAGGGGCAAAUGACUGUAUACUUAAUUUCGAUGUGACAUAUGUACUCUAUUCUUAAUGGCUCAUUAUUGAUUCUUCCUUUUUGAUAGUACGCCCCUCCCCUUUUCCUGUGGAGUAUCUUUUGUGUGUUUUGUUUGAGAGUGGUGGCUCAUGCUGAAAGAGGCAGAGAGCACUACUCCCAGGAGGAUUCAUCUCACUUCCAGCCCUGAGUGACUUUUUCCUCCAGCUGCACCAAUGACUCUCCAUACACGCCUGCUGCACGGAUAUGGACUGUAUUAUUUCUUGGCAUUGCUGACACUUUUGAUGUCACAAGUUGAUGGGCUGCAGUGUUAUGCCUGUAACAUUGUGCAUAACCAGAGGUAUGUGGAUGUAGGCUGCUCCAGCCCCGAAGUCAUCACCUGCUCCCACUCUCACAAGGGCUUUAAGCAUCGCUUCUGCAUCAGGACAGAAAGUGUUGCAUUGGGAGUCAUGCUGACCAGUGGCUGUGCCACAGCCCGACACUGCCACACGGAGGAGCUGCCGGGAGUCAACAUACACUGCUGCGCCUCUGAUCUGUGCAACAGUGCCACCCGCUGGAGAACAACCAUACUGAUGCCUAUGUGCUCAUUGACGUUUGCUCUGUUGUUUCAAAGUGGGAUACUGUCGACAAAAUGACUUAGAACUUCAAACUUAACGGCAAAAUCACGGCAGCUACGCUUGGAUUCAAGACAUAAAGGAGGGUACCUUGAAAAUAUAAUUAUAUAAUAUCUGUGAGAACACAGUCUCUGAAGUAGCCUAUUGUGUGUG